UUGCGCGGGAAUUAUCUCAUUGACUCUUCUCUCAUUCGAGUUCUCUCCUGUAACACGAUUGGAAGGUAUCCGAAGUGAGUCCAGAGGGAGGAAGUAGAACUAGAGAGUAGAAUAAAGGGCAAAUAGCGAAAUCAUAGUGAAAAUAAUGCGAUUACUACCCUUUAUAGUGACUUUGUGUCUAUCAGUGGCUCUAGCAAGUGGAUUACAGUGCUACAUGUGCAGUUCGCACUAUGACGAUGACUGCAUUGAGGAGAGGAACACCACAAAGGUUCUCACUUGUACGGACUUUAUUCAAGGCAUCAAUCCCAUCACCCUUCGGUGUGUCCGCAUUGUUUCACUGUCAGACAGCAACCGUCUGAUUGUCGUGAGAAGAUGUGCCGUCCUGGGCGAUUGCAAAUACGUGGCCAAGAAUGAUCGUCAAUCCUGCACUGAAUGCAACACAGACUUGUGCAAUAGUGGCAAGUGAAAGUGCAACUCUUGCCCUCCGUGAAUGGGCGAGAGAGAGAGAGAAAGAGCGCGAGAGCAUCAAGUACGAAUGUACUUAAAAUCAACAAAUUGUUCUUCUUGAUUGGAGAUUUUUGCAAAGUGAUCAAAAUGCAGAAGGAUCAUUUUUUUGAUUUAAUCAAACAUUAAAGAAAAAAAACAAAUUAUUUUUUAGAUAAAAGGAAUUAAAUACAAAAUUAAACUAUUAUUCUUUCUCUUUAAAUUUAUCAUAAGAAAAUAAUUAAUUUCUCAUUAUUUAUGCACUACUUUAUGCGAUCCUUUUUUUCUGCCAACACAGAUCACUUUACAAAACUCUAGUCUUAAAUACUCCUCAUAACUAAGAUUACACUCUCUGUAAAGCAUUUUUUUCGUAAUAUAAACUCAUCAUAGUAG